UGUUGUUGGCUGUAGAUAAGAGAGUAGGGAUACCCCCAAGGAUGUGCUGUCUGAAGGAGUGGUGUUGCAAAGGAAGGAUCCCGAAGGCAGGGAGCAGUGGGCCCUGAAGGUGGAGAGCAGUGGACUCCAAAAACAGGGAGCAGCAGAUCUCUGGAUGUGGCAGUGUCACAGGACCACUGCUUGCUUAUAACUGUUGCAGAUGCUGCAGCCUUAGGAGAUGAUGAAGAUGGGGAGGAUGUGGCUGAUGACACAGGUGAGAUCAGAGCCUAGGCACACUGAGCUAGUCGGGGUCAGGCUGCUUCCUUCCCGUAGGCUGGUUGUUAGAGGACACUGGGACAGGGGGCAGUGCUCCAGGAGCAGUGAGAGGGCAGGGCAGCUCUGCAGGAAUUUUGGUAUGGACUCUGGUGGGAAGGAGCAUCACAAGUGCCAGCAAGCCAGGCAGGGAGCUGAGGUUGCCACUGAUGAGUAAGUAGAUAACAAGGAUUAAGGGGACUAGUGUCUACUUCAGGCCAGCAGGAGGGGAGGAGUACCAUGCUGAGGCUUAUGUCGUAAAGGGGGCAUCACAGAUUGGGUGUGAGUAAUGAGGGCACAUGGAUGGCAGUGCCCAUAUUAUGGCCUAGAACUACGGCAGGAGAGAGAGAAUGUAUGUGUGUAUAUGAAGGCCACCAUGGGUCCAGACAUUGUAUGUGGAGGUGGCUAUGACUCUGAGACUAGACUGGUGCUGACUGAGUACUCAGUCCAUCUGGGGCCUUCUGGGGUACAGUGGGAAAGGUGUUGAGAGGAAUCAGAGAGACAAAAUUAUUGGGAAAAGAGGGUAAUGAAUUUAUGAGUGUGUGUGGGUGAGGAAAGCAGGCAUAAAGGCUUGUAUGAGAUUUCAGAGUGGAACCCUCAUGGAAAUGGACUUGGAUUCUAGGACUGAAGCCAACAGAGGGUAGUAGUCCUGAGAAGUGGGUUGGCUUCUCGUUUCCCCUUUCCCUUUGGCUACCGGGUUGUUCAGAGCAAAAUUUCUAACCAAGGUGCUCUAUAGCUCCUGCCCCAACCACAUCACCAGUGCCUCUGCCCUAAGUUCCUGUUGGUUGUGUUUAGUAUUUAUGCCCCACAUAGGCUUAGGUAAGGUGCCAGGUGGGUCUCCUUCUUGACUUUGCCUGGCGCGGGCAGCAUUAAGUCACUGAAGUCCCCCAGUGUGGCUGUCUUCUGUCAAGCCCAUUGGCCACACUUGGAGCCUGGGAGGGCAGCUCAGAGCUAGGAGAGGCCCCUCACCAGUGUCUGAACACUUUACUCCUACUUUGUAUGGCGGUUCCUCCUCCUAGAGAUUCAUAGGGCCCUGUGGUUGAGUUGCUGUGGAAGGCCCUGCCCCAGCUUCCCUUCUCUGUUCCGGAAAUCUGCUGUCUCCCUCAGCUUCCUCACGAGUCCCACAAUAUGGCAUCCUGUUGUUGGUUGUUUUUACUCUACUCUUUGGGGGCCUGCCAUCCAGCUCCUAAAUAAACACAGAAACUUCAUCUUACUUAUGAUUAUCUGGCUCUAGCUUGGCUUGUUUCUAUCCAGCUUUUCUUAAAUUAUCCCAUUUACCUUCUGCCUCUGGGCUUUUCUCUUUCUCUAUUCUGUAUACCUUUCUUUACUUCUUACUCCGUGGCUGGCUGUGUAGCUGGGUGGCUGGCCCCUUGCAUCCUCCUCUCCUCCCUUUCUUGUUCCUUCCCGAUCUUUCUCCUUCUAUUUAUUCUCUGCCUGCCAGCCCCACCUAUUUCUCUCUCCUGCCCAGCUAUUGGCCAUUCAGCUCUUUAGUAGACCAAUCUGGUAUUUUAGGCAAAGUAACACAACUUCACAGAGCUAAAUGCGACAUAAAAGAAUGCAACACAUCUUUGCAUCGCAAACAAAUAUUUCACAGUAUAAACAACUGUAACACAUCUUCAACUAAUAUUGCACAACAGCGUCAUCCACCCAGCAAAGAGGAAGGAGGGAACUCAGUGUGGGAGAAGCAUGAACUGAAGGAUCCCUACCAGGCCCUGGGCACUGCAGAGGCUUGCUGUGGGAUGUUCUGUAUGGCAAAUGUGUUGCUGAUUAGUCAAUAAAUAAAACACUGAUUGGCCAUUGGCUAGGCAGGAAGUGUAGGCGGGACAAGGAGGAGAAUAAAGCUGGGAAGUGGAAGGCUGAGUCAGAGAGACACUGCCAGCUGCCACGAUGACAAACAGCAUGUGAAGAUGCCGGUAAGCCACAAGCCAUGUGGCAAGGUAUAGAUUAAUGGAAAUGGAUUAAUUUAAGCUGUAAGAACAGUUAGCAAGAAGCCUGCCACGGCCAUACAGUUUGUAACCAACAUAAGUCUCUGUGUUUUCUUGGUUGGGUCUGACGGCUGUGGGACUGGCAGGUGAGAGAGAUUUGUCCUGACCAUGGACCAGGCAGGAAAAGUUAAGCUACAGAGGCUAGCUCAAGUUUGCCACACUGGUGGCAUGACCUGACUUGGUUACCUCCCAGGACUAACAUCCUACUGGGUUCUACCUCCUGGGUACCUGCACCUGUGGACCUGCUUCAGCGGGAGAGAAGAGGACAUGCCCAAGUCUGAGAGUAGGGCAGCCGUGGAUAAAGUGUUCAGGCAAAGCAAGAGUCUCAGUACAGAUGAGGAUAAGGCUAGAGGGUGGGUAGGUAGGACAGCUUUGCAAGGGUGCACAACUAUGCUAUUAUGAGCACUUCUACCAUCAGGGUCCCAUACUGGACUCGACCGGACCGUAUGGACAUGAAACUGCUGGCUGUGCCAGCCACCAGCACGGUACGCUUCCACUGCGCAGCCGCCCGCAACCCCACCCCCUCCAUCUCCUGGCUGAAGAAUGGCAAGGAUUUCCGAGGGGAGCAUCGCAUAGGGGGCAUCAGGCUUAGGCACCAGCACUGGACUGUCAUGGAGAGUGCAGUGCCUUCUGACAGUGGCAACUACACCUGCGUGGUACAGAACGAGCUUGGCAGCAUUCAGCAGACUUACACACUGGACGUGCGGGAGUGCUUCCCACAUCGGCCCAUCCUGCAAACUCUAGGCAGUGAUGAAGAGUUCCGCUGCGAGGUGUAUAGUGAUGCCCAACCACACGUCCAGUGGCUGAAGCAUGUUGAGGUGAAUGGCAGCAAGAUGGGCCCUAAUGGCAAGCCCCAUGUCACCGUCCUCAAGACAUCAGACAUUAACACUGCCGACAAGGAGCUAGAAGUUCUGUCCUUGCGCAAUAUCACCUUUGAGGACUCAGGGGAGUACACCUGCCUGGCAGGCAAUUAUUUCGGGGUUUCCCAUCGCUCUGCAUGGCUGGAGGUACUGCCAGCUGAGAGAGAGCCGGCAGAGGGUAACGAGGCCGGCAGUUUAUCCGCGGGCAUCAUCAUCUUCUGCGUGGGUUUUUCCCUCUCAAUUUUGAUGGCGGCAACUGUGACACUCUGCUACCUGAAUAGAGCUGCAAGAAAGGGCCUGGGCCCUCCCGCUGUUCACAGGAGUUCUCGAUUCACACCUGAGCAACAGGUGACCGUGGAGUCCUACUCCUCCGUGAACUCUGACAUACCCCUGGUCCACAUCGUCCACCCAUUCUCAAGAGAACAUACUGUUAUGGCUAAUAGUUCUGAGCUUGAGCUGUCUGCUGACCCAAAGUGGGAAAUAUCUAGAACUCGGCUGACACUCGGCAAUCCUCUGGGAGAAGGCUGCUUUGGCCAGGUUUUUAUGGCAGAGGCUAUUGGCCUUAACAUGGACAGCACUGCCAAGCCUGUCACUGUGGCCGUGAAAACGCUGAAAAUAUUUCAGGUUAUGUCUGAGGAGCUUCUUAGUUAG